AUGGCCAAUUCAGGUGCCCAGGCGGCCUUGGCUAGUAAUGGCAAAGGUCUCGUGAUUUUAACAAUCAUCGAAGGCAGCGUAGCCUUGGUUCUCAUCAUCGCUCGCGUUUUCACUACUUGGCGCAUUACUCGACACAUUCGAAGCGAUCUAUACCUGAGUCUGCUCACCUUUAUUAUUGGUUCGAUCGGAUCAGUAUUCUUGGGUCUGGGGGUCAACUCGGGCCUCGGUGCGCACAAAGCCGGUCUCACCGACGCUGAAAUCACCAACGCCAUCAAGUGGAAUUGGAUUAACCAGUCACUCGGAAUCUUCGCAACGGCCACCGGGAAACUCGCCAUCGUCGCCUUUUUACAACAGAUCCAUGGUCCUGAAAGUCGCAAGAAAGUCAUCUUUCUUUGGUCCGUUGGUCUGAGCAAUCUUGUGGUCAACUGUAUAACGAUUGCCUUGAUUUUCGAGCAAUGUUCUCCGACUCCCAAGCUAUGGAACAAUGCGCUACCUGGAACAUGUAGUGGGAGAACUCGGAAUCAACAGGUCGCAUACUUCCAGGGCAGUUAUUCCUCACUGUGUGAUCUGGUGUUGGCUCUAUAUCCAGUGGUGUUCUUUUGGAACGUGCGACUCAACCGCCGAGUCAAAAUAGGUCUCUGUGUCUUGAUGGGUCUCGGCGUGGCAGCUUGUGUCUGCGCUAUUGUGAAAACUAUAACUCUACAAGUACUCGCAGAGACAGAAGACGUGACCUAUUAUAUGGCUCAACUAGUCAUCUUAAACGAAACCGAAAAAUGGGUCGUCUUCAUUGUCGGAUGCAUCCCUCCCAUCAGACCACUCCUUAUGAUUGUCUUCCAUAGCCUCUUGACAUCUGCCAAAUCUACCCUUGGCCAGACAACGAACCACCAUGGCCGAUCUACCGAGCUUCACACCUACUCCCAUUCCAAGCCACAUGCACGACAUAUGACAUCCAACUUUGUGAGCGUUAUAGAGGACAAUGAUAGUGAUGAGAUGCUCGCGGAGGAAGGUGGGAUUAGGAAAACGACUGAAGUACGAUUAAGCUACGAAGCUGGUUCAUUUUCAGGUACUGGAUCGAUGCAACACGAAGUUCCAGAGAAGGUCCAUAUACCCCUUGACAGGGUUUGA